AUGAAAGAUUUAGGUGAAAAGCCAUCCCAUCACUUUGGAAAGUUGGACAGAGAAUGGGAAGUCUGCGCUGUGCGCGAGAUUUGUCGUCGUCUUUCAUUAGAGGACUCUUUAGAGCCAUCAGAGUUGCCGUUACCAGAUGGUGCACUUCAAUCACAAGUGCUGGACGAAUUUAUGAUUCGACAGAUUGUAGAUAUUCUUCCUCCUCGUGCUGAGGGUUAUCCUUGGGUGAAUAUAUACAGUUCUGAGAAACAUGGAUUCUCCUUAGCUACCCUUUACAGAAAAAUGUCUGAAUGGAAAGAAGAAAUGUCUCCUGUUCUUUUAAUCAUUCGCGACGUUGUUGGCCACGUUUUUGGUGCAGUAUGCUCUACCGCUCUACAACCAUUAACUCCACCACAUUAUGUUGGAACCGGCGAUUCAUGUUUACUUUUUCGCUUUACAGGAGAGCACCCACACACUAGGGAGUUACGCACAUUCCAUUGGACUGGAGAUAAUCAAUUUUUUGUUAAUGCAACCAAAGAUUUUUUGUCAAUUGGAGCUGGCGGAUUAAGCUCAAUUACCAAUUCUCGGUCGACAUGCCCUACAGCUGCUGGUCUUUGGUUGGAUGCUGAUUUGAAUAAUGGAAGGUCACAAAAUUGUGCAACAUUUAACAAUGAGCCUUUAGCUGGUGGUCUAGAAGGAGAUUUUGUAAUUCAAUUUGUUGAGGCAUUUGGUUUUAGCAUGUCUUAA